AUGUUGCCAGGGCUUGAGGUAUCGGGCGAGGUUGAGCAGGACAGGACUCUAUUCCUUGGAGCGCAGGAGGAUAAGCGCUACUUGAACAAUCUGGUCACAAUUACUUCUCCUGGCUAUAUUCCAAAUGAAGAAGAUGUCUUGAGGUCCAGAGUUAAUACCACAGGUAUUAUUGAAGAACAGUUCGCUUGCCAGGACCUGAACGUCAGAAUGCUUGACGUCGGUGGACAGGUGUCUGAGCGGAAGAGGUGGAUCCACUGUUUCGAGGGAGUUACCUGUAUUAUCUUCUGCGGUGCACUCAGUGCGUAUAACAUGGUGUUGGUGGAAGAUGACAAUAUGAACCGAAUGCACGAGAGUCUCCAUCUCUUCGACAGUAUUUGCAACACAGAUAGGCCCCUUGGCCAUGAUGACAAAGAAAAAGUCAAGAAAGUUCACUUGAGCAUCUGCUUCCCAGACUCAGACUAUGACGGUUCCAAUUCAUAUGAAGAUGUGAGCAAUUGCAACAAGAUCCAAUUCCUAGACCUCAACAUGCGCAAAAAUGUCAAAGAAAUCUAUGCACACUUGACAUGCACCACUGACUCAAAACCCAUCAAGUUUGUGUUUGAUGCUGUGAAAGAUAUCAUCAUUAAAGAAAAUUUUAAAGACUGUGGACUUUUCCAAAUAUUUCAGCUUUGA